GAGUGACAGAGGCCAAGGGAAGAGGGGAGCACAUUCAGCCUACGAGAACGAGGGAGUAAAGAGGAAUUUGCUGGUUGUGGGAAAGUAAACAGCACAGGGUAUUUGCUGUCUUCUCAGAGGCCUCAGCUCAGCAGCUAGAGGAGCUGGUGUAUAAACAGAGGAUGAGGAUGUGUUCAAGGAGGCAGCUGAUUUCAUAGCAGGAAGUGCAUGGGAGGUUGUUGGGAUUAAAGUCCCUCUUGGGAGGUGCUGAAGCUUUCCUGUGGAAGUACUAGUGAGGACAAAAAGAGCCUAUGUCUACAGCUUCAUCUCAUCAGCAGCAGGAGGGAAAUGUGGAGGAAGAGGAAAAAAAACAGGGGGAGAAAUUUGAAGAUAUUAAUGUGGAAGUUGGCCAACAAAAGGCCAGAACUGCAUCCGGAGAAAAUGAGAAUACAGCAGACUCAGUCAAACACAUUGAGUUUCAGACACAUUCAUCCAAAUUGGAAGUGACUCUGGAAAAAGAUGCAGAUUCAUCCCAAGGCAUUAUUACUGGUUACACUGCUAGCCAGGAGUGUACCAGUAGUCAUAUUACAAGUGAGCCAUCAACCAACAAUAAAAGGGAUCAAGCUUCCACAGAGUUGGCUGUAUCAGAGGACUUAAACGAAGAGGAAGACCAGACAGGGAAUUGCACUGAGGUGAAGACAGAGAAGCAAACAUGCACUUUUGAACCUAGUGUAGGAACUGAGGAAACCAGACAAAGCCCAGCACAAAAUGCUGAAGGAAAGAGCUCUGCAGAGUCGGAACACCAGACGGCUAGUGAGGAGGUGAUCUAUGAUGACGUCCCCUAUGAAGAUCUGUCUCCAGGAGAAGCUGACUUGAUCUAUGAGGACAUCCAGAGAGAAGGAGGCCUAAAAGUGCCCAGUGAUGACUGGAGCUCAAGUGAGUUUGAAAGCUACGAUGAGCAGUCUGACUCUGAGAGGGCACCAGCACGCAGCAAGCUCUCAUCUGAUGUGAGAAGACUGAGAGCAUGUUAUACCAGGACCAAACAGGAGCUAGCCAUGAGACUGGGGGGCAGACAUCAGGUCCAUCAGCUGAUGCGGGCAGCACGUAGUGGAACAAAAGAUGGCCUGGAGAAAACCAAAAUCGCCGUCAUGAGAGGAGUCUCAUUUCUACAUAAAAAGGACCACUCAGAAGACAUUGAGGAUGAUACAGGGUUUUUGGAUGUGAUGGUAUCAGAGGCAAACCACCCACCUGCCCAACUGGGACCAAUGCCAGAUGGACUUAGCAGCCAACAGAUUGUGCGACGCCAUAUUCUGGGCUCAAUUGUGCAGAGUGAGAGAAGUUACCUGGACUCUCUGAAACGGAUCCUACAGGAAUACCAGCGACCUUUGAUGGAGGCGGAGCCUCGGAUCCUCAGCAUCAGGAAAAUACGACCUAUUUUCUUCCGUCUGCGGGAAAUCAUGCAGUGCCACUCCAUGUUCCAGAUUGCCCUGACAUCUCGGGUGGCUGAAUGGGACGCAAGCGAAAAGAUCGGGGACCUCUUUGUAGCUUCAUUCUCCAAGUCCAUGGUGCUGGACGUAUAUAGUGAGUACGUCAAUAACUUCACCAAUGCCAUGGCCCUGAUAAAGAAAGCCUGCAUGUCUAAACCAGCAUUUCUGGAGUUCCUCAAGAAAAAGCAGGCAUCCAGCAUUGACCGCAUAACACUCUAUGGUCUAAUGGUGAAGCCUAUUCAGCGUUUUCCUCAGUUCAUCCUUCUCCUGCAGGACAUGCUGAAGAACACUCCCACUGGCCAUGUGGACAGGCUGCCCUUGCAGUUGGCUCUGACUGAAUUGGAGACCCUUGCUGAGAAACUGAAUGAGCAGAAAAGGGUGGCUGAUCAAAUCACUGAGACGCAGCAGCUGGCUCGCUGUGUCAGUGACCGCUCUCUCAGCAAGUCACUGAAUUCCGAGCAGAGCUCUUUGAUCCUGUGUGAGAUGCUGAUUGAGACGGUAUACGGCGAGCGAGGACAGGUCCUUAAGUCUAAGGAGUGGAAAGUCUUUCUCUUCAGUGACAUGCUCAUCUGUGCCAACAUCAAUGUCAAGGGGCCCCCUGACAUUAGUUGUUUAGUGCCGGUGGGGCCCAAGUACACCAUGAAGUGGAGUGCCCCUCUGCAGCAGGUCCAGGUAGUCGAGGUGGGCCAAGAGGGCUACCAAAGCAAGGAGGCGCUACAUCAGCUUGGAGGCAUUAAACGUCCAGGUGGCUCUUCCAGACCAGGAAAUGUUGUUCUGGGUCCACCUCGUCUGUAUCAGGAGCUGCAGGAGUUGCAGCACGACUUGUCAGUGGUGGAACAGGUCACCCUGCUGGUGGGGACUUUACAGGGAACGUACCAGAAUCUGAACACCACGGUAGCACAGGACUGGUGUUUAGCUCUGCAAAGGCUGAUCCGCAUCAAAGAGGGCCAAAUUCAGAGUGCCAACAAGUGCCGAUUACGAUUGCAAGUCCCUGGCAGACCAGACAAGUCUGGGCGUCCUGUGAGCUUUACGGUGGUCUUCAACACUCCAAGCCCCCUUAGCAAGAUCUCCUGGGUCAACCGGUUGCACCUGGCCAAGAUAGCAUUAAGGGAGGAGAACACACCAGGUUGGUUCUCUGCAGAGGAUGAAGAAAAAUCAAGAGCUCCAUUUUGGUGUCCACUCCUGGCCUGUCGCAUGCCUGUUUUCACCUCAAAAGCCCACAAUUUGAAGCUAGAGGCUGCUCUUCAUAAUCCUGUCCAGUGUGCUUUACUUGGGUUCUCGGCAGCAAGCACUUCGCUUCCUCAAGGCUACCUCUGGGUAGCCAGUGGAGGUGAUUGCACUCAUGGCCAGGUGGAUAUCUUCUCCCUGAACAGACCCACACCUCGGCCAGUGAAAACCAUCCAGAUGGGAGCUCAAGUGCGUUGUCUGGAAUACGUGCCUUUGCCCACCCCUUCAGAGGACAUUGAAACUAGCCCUUUUAGCCCCACUGGAGUUGGAAACACUAUCUGUGCAGGUCUCGAUGAUGGCAGCAUCCUGGUCUACGGUAGUAUGGACACGGCCGCACAGUGUCUCCUGACUCUCAGAAACUCAGAGGGCUGUCCAGUUCUGUGUCUCAAACACUCCGGGUACUUCCUGUUUGCUGGCCUGCGGGAUGGAACGCUGAUGGUGUAUAAGAGACAUCACGGAGGGGAACUGUGGAACCCAGACUCUUGCAGAGAACUAACAAUUGGUCCAGAUCCUUUGAGGACGUUACUUGCCUUAGAGGACUCUGUCUGGGCAAGCUGUGCUAACACAGUCACUGUAGUUGUCAGCUCCAGCUUGUCCACUCAGAGAUUUGAGGUCCAUCAGGACCCAAUGGUGAGCGUGGCCCACAUGGUGCGAGCUGGAGGGGGCGUAUGGAUGGCAUUCUCAGAAGGUUCCUCUAUACGCCUGUUCCAUACCGAAACCCUGGAGCACCUGCAGGAGAUCAACAUUUCCACACCGUCAUCCUUUUACAACCCCAGUCAAAAGAGCAUGAGAGUUACCAGCCUGCUUAUCUGCCAGGGACUGUUGUGGGUGGGCACUGCCCAGGGUAUUAUCAUCACCCUGCCUGUGCCCAAGCUGGAGGGCAUCCCCAAAAUUACAGGUAAGGGGAUGACAUCAUUUAAUGCACACUGCGGACCUGUGGAUUUCUUAGUUGCCCUGUCCAGCACUUUGUCUCCAGAUCUCCUAAAGCGAGACUCUGUGGUGGAAGGGCAUGAUUCGGCCUGUGGCUUGGAGGAACAUAGUGACUCUUCCUCUCAGGAAUCUCUGCCGCAGCCCAGUAUUUCCGUCCAUGUGGAUGGCAAAGGGAAGGGGCGGGGCGUGUUGCUACAAUACCGCCUCCGCUCAACCUCAGGAUUGCCUGGGCAACCAUUAACUGCAAGAGGGGACGAAGCCACGGACUGUUCUUUAGAAUCUUUGGAACACAGCAUGGAGGACGGCUCUAUUUAUGAACUCAGUGAUGACCCGGACAUGUGGGUCAGGUGGCGGCCCUGUGAGAGGGAUGGGGCAAGAAGGGACAGGGUUAACUCAGUAGCAGUUAUCUCAGGGGGGAAGGGCUUUCGACGACUGAAAGAGGGCUCGAUGGGGGCCACCACAGAAAGCACCCUUAUGAUCUGGCAGCUUCCACUUACGGUUUGAGCUGGAAUAAUUUUAACUUAAUGUUAACUAGGGUUGGGCGACAUUUAGAAUUUUAUACUUGGCUCCUUUUCAGUUCAUGAGCACAGGAUGUUGAAACAAAAAGACAAGAAGAGAAAUCUACUGAAUUGGGAUUCAAAGAAAUUCAGCACAGUCAUAAAACUUUUUACCACAAAAUUAUAUAAUUAUAUAACCUAUUUUGACAAAUUAUGCCCUAUUUAUUAUGGAGGGCCAAAUUUCUCACUAUGAAAUCAUUAUAUAAGUAUUUAAAUUAAUUUCCAGUGUUGCAACGGUUAGCAGCACAUCACUUAAUGUUAUGACUGAGUAAAAUAUAGAUUUUCCGAUGCAUUGCGAUCUCUUUAUUUGAACGAUCUCUAUAUCAAUUCUUAAAUCCCAAGAUCGUUCUUUUACUCUAUACGCUACCCUCUACAAUGCAAAUAAAACACUUGCAUGUGCGACUAUAUUUCACACUAUGUGACUAAAAAUGUCUGCGAUUAGCCCCUUGCUGGUAAAUGUUCAGAUUUCACUCACUAUUGAUUGAGUAGUAAAUUGGCAAAGAAUUUCAGCACUGACUACCACCCCUGGAAUCGUGAGUUUGAAUCCAGGGGUGUGCUGAGUGACUCCAGCCAGGUCUUCUAAGCAACCAAAUUGGCCCGGUUGCUAGGGAGGGUAGAGUCACAUGGGGUAACCUCCUCGUGGUCACUAUAAAGUGGUUUUCGCUCUCGGUGGGGCGCGUGGUGAGUUGUGCGUGGAUGCUGCGGAGAAUAGCUUGAAGCCUCCACACGUGCUAUGUCUCCACAGUAACGCGCUCAACAAGCCACGUGAUAUGAUGUGUGGAUUGACGGUCUCAGAUGCAGAGAUUCAUCCUCUGCCACCCAGAUUGAGGCGAGUCACUACGCCACCACGAGGACUUAGAGCGCAUUGGGAAUUGAGCAUUCCAAAUUGAGGAGAAAAUAGAAAUGAAAAGAAUUUCAGCACUGACAUCCUUUCACUGCUUGUUGAGAGUAAAGGUUUGGUUUUGACUCAUUUAAUCCAAAGACAAGAUCCACGUAAUCCAUUUGUCAUUGAGUAGUGUCUCUUUUGAAUCAGCUCAAAGACUUUUAAAAACUACACUCACAGCAAUUUCUUUGAACGCUAUUCCAUUUGAAUUCUGCAUCCUUAAAAUGUAAAUUCUUCAUCCUGUUUGCUCCCUCAAUUCAGGAAUUGAUUUGGAAUUUGAAAGGCAUUCUCAAUUAAAUUCUGAAUGGCACACAACCCUGGUUAACUUGGCAUGUGGGGUACAAAAUGUGAGGCUCAGGACUCACCUGUUUUUUUGUUUGUUUGUUUUUUUUAACAGACAUUUCUACUUUAAAAUUAGUUGUCUAUCUUGGGAUCUCAAGAAAUCAAGGUCCUCCAGUCAUGAGAAUGCAAACAAUGAGAAUAUUAUGUGACUAGAUGGCUUCCUGUGAUAAAUUCACCUUUAAUUCUGCCGCCUCGUCUUUAUUGCUUGAGAAUCCUGAUCCAUGUAUUCAACGUCUCGGACAGCAGACUCCACCGUAAUCAGGGGCUAAACUAUUCAAACAGAACAUUUCCUUAAGGGCCCGAGUCAGGUUAACCUUUAGUGAAUCAUUUUCUUUGGAAUUUACCACGCUACAGAGCUGCUGAGGGGUCUUUUUAUUCUCCAGCGUCUGAAGAAAUCAUAUCAGCAGAAAGUGAAAAGCAAAGUGAAAGGAGUUUCCACGCUUCUGUGCAGUCGCUCAGAGAUUUCUCUCACCUCUAGUCUCUCUUGAGAAUGUGAACAUACAAUUCUGUGUUGAAAGUCAAGUCUGUGCAGGUCAGUGAACUGUGAGUGUUAAAAGCUUGUCAAAUGGAUUUCAAAAUGCUUGACAGGGCCUACAUGUAUAUAAUAGGGAUUGGUAAAGCCUAAUUAAAACUCUUUUAGUGGGCAAAUUUUGUUCUUAUAGACACGAACGGAAAACGUUUUUACCAUAUGGCAGUCAUUUGAAACGUCUGCUUAAAUCACUAUUACUUAACAGGCAGAUUCAUCAGCAUCUGGUAGGGGAAAGAUACAAGCACCACUAAUUGCAGGAAAGUUGUGGAUCUAGUGAGGCUUUUGAUGUUCAUUUUGUCUCGUUGAAGAGGUAUUCACUGCUAUGUUUGUGUAAUACUGCAUUUCCAACCGCAAUCUACUGUUGCUUUCCUUAAUUCAUUAUUCAUAUUUGGCCCACAGAUCCACAUUUAACGAUUCGAUAAUGAUCUAUUAGGAAUUGUGCCAGAAACACAUUAUGUGGUGUAAAGGGAAUGGACUGAUGUUGUUUUUUAUUUUAAAAAUUAGAGUUUCGUGUACAGUAAUUAUCUUUCAGUAUGUUACUCAGACCUGAAUACAGAAUAGAUUAAUUUACAUUACUGAUUUGCUGUUUGUAAAUGCAGUAAAUUAGCUGAAAUAAAUGUCAGAAACUAAAGUUUAGAUAGGCCUAUAGCUACUGAGUAAUAUUGUUAAAUGUUUUCGUUUUCCUCCCCUUAACACUGUUCUUGACAUCCAUUCUUCACACCGUGCAACAUAAUGAAUGUACAAAAUGUAUAAUUUGUUCUGGUACUGCAAAACUGUGUUUUUAUUUGCAUUGUAACAUAUAAAACAUUAAUGGAGGACACUAUAUCCAACUGACUUUAAUAACUGUAGUGUUUACAACAGAGUCAUUGCUUGAAUGUGAAAUUGUAAAGUUAAAAUGAAUUAAAUUUAACAUGAAUAAUACAAAUUGUGCAU